GUACAGCCUAUUUUUCUCCUGGAGAAGAAACCACUACUAUGGAAACCAGAACGCUCGGCCCGUGGAGAUUAUGGCCUGUGGAUCCUUACAGAACUCUCCCGGCGACUUUCGCCUGGGGCUUCGCCGAGCUGCUGUUACUUCUAAGAACUCCUGUGUCCUGCGGCGGGAGAAAGCUUUCCAUGGACACACUUUAGAAAAGAGACAUAGGUCUCAGACGUCACCAACUGCUGAUCCACUGUCUUGAUGACAUCACUCACAUGUGCCUUCCCAACCCAAUCCCGGCAGCCCUCAGUCAGCGGCCUCUCCAAGAUCACCAGAAGCCUGUACAUCAGCAGUGGGGCAGCUGCCAACAAUAAGUUCCUACUGUCCAGCAACCAGAUCACCACGGUCAUUAACGUCUCCGUGGAGGUAGUGAACACCUUCUACGAGAACAUCCAGUAUAUGCAGGUGCCUGUGGUUGAUGCGCCCACCACAUGUCUUUAUGACUUUUUUGAUUCCAUUGCUGACCACAUCCACUCGGUAGAGAUGAAAGAGGGUCGCACACUGCUACACUGUGCCGCUGGUGUGAGCCGCUCAGCUGCCCUGUGUCUUGCCUACCUCAUGAAGUACCAUGCCAUGUCCCUGCUGGAUGCCCACACAUGGACCAAGUCCUGCCGGCCUAUCAUCCGACCCAACAGUGGCUUUUGGGAGCAGCUCAUCCACUAUGAGUUCCAGCUAUUUGGCAAGAACACGGUGCACAUGGUCCCUUCCCCAAUGGGAGUGAUCCCAGACAUCUAUGAAAAGGAGGUUCGCUUGAUGAUUCCCCUGUGAGCCACCCUGCCAAGCCCCUUGUUGGGGUCAGCAGUAUAGAUCUGUUGUUUAUCCUACUCCAAGAUCAGAACUUGAACAUUGUACUUUUGUUGAUGCAAGAACAAACCAGAUGAUGUCUUUAAAGGGCAAGAAAAAAAAGUUUCUACAGCUUUUAACUUUGUAAUCCAAAUCUUCAAAGACCAAACUCACUAAUUGUAAGUGAAGAUAAAUUUUCUACCCUGUGAGGGGUAAGUGAUGGCUACUGGCCAGAGGUAUGAUGAGGCAGAUCAUACCUUGGAUGAAGAUCCCAGGGCAUAGCAGGCCUCGAAUCCUGCAGCCCACGCCCAGACUGACCAACCCAGAAAGGAGUCUGCUGCCAUGCCACCUUGCUCCUUCAGAUUCAAAGCUAGAGCCUUAAGCAUCAUGGCACACCCCAAGCGUCUCAGGAUCAGUGUCAGCCUACUGGGUAGAGAGCUUGCUGGCAUUCCCUGGGACCCUGAGGCCUCAGGUGACCUCACAUCCACCUUCAUCACAUUGGCCCCAUCCUAGUUUUCUAGAUGGGACUUGUAUAGAGUAUAGUAUUCAAAGAAAGUAUUCCACUAUAUACAAUUUGGAAAAAGAUUUUUUUUUCUGAGUGCUGUUACAUGGGGCAGGGUCUUAAAGGGGCCCAGGGAAGUCUUUCACUAGCCUUUAGGAAAAAAGGUAUUGAUUUCCUUCUUCAGGGCUCAUGAGAAAAGCAGUCCUGACAUCAGGCCUCAAAGCUUCCUCUCCCAGGCCUUGGUUUGAAAGUUUAGAACUGCAGGCCAUGACCUAGCUCUUGUCACCUCUUUCCUUGUGACAUGGUGCCUCUGGGAGCCUCAGCAUCCUCAUCUGUGAAGACAGAACAAUUUGAUAGCACCAUGCCUAGCACAUGGUGCAUGCUUAGUGUAAAGGGCAGCUUUUAUCCUAAAUGGUAUAAUCUCGGCCCUGUUGCCCCCAACUCAACACAGUUGUGCUCAUGAAGAUAUUUCUCCUGGCUCUGCAUAGCCCUUUAUUGUUUACAAAGUACUCUUCCAGAAAGCUACCCUCUGUGAGGAAAAAAUGGUUUCAGUCUUACCUCAGGAGAGGCCUAGACUUGAGGUUUUAGAGUUUCCAUUGUUUCUCAUCCUGAGUGAUGUAGGGGUUCUGAAGCAAAGACACCAAAAGCCCUUGUUUAGAAUUGCUUGUCAUUAGAGCCAGUAGCCCGCUCUUGCUGACUCCCAGGAUCUACAAGGGCGUGUGUCAAAGGUACAAAUGAGUGGAUGCCGUGCCUUGGCUCUAGAACUCAGGGUUGCUUCAGACCCCUCGGUGCCAUCAUUUGGCUCAAGAUUAGUUCUUUUAAUCCAAAGCUUUGAGAUGACAUAAAAAUAAGCACAAAAGCUUCACUUGACAGUUUAAUGCUGACCUGUGUGUCCAGAGCUGAGUGGAGCCCAGGGGCCCACGAUGAGGGAAUUAGAGGAGAAUAAGUUAAAAAUCACUGUUUUUAGGGCUGGAGUGGCAGAGCCCCCAUAAUACAAUCGUUCUGAUACAGAUCCAGGUGGUGAAUGCUUUCUUCAAAAGCAUUUUUUGACCCUGGGAUGUAGUUCAGUGGCAUAAGUGCCACCCUGGCAAGCACAAGGUCCUGAGUUUGAUUCCCAGUACCAAAAAAAAUUUUUUCAGAAGAAAUUUACUGUAUAUGUUUUAAAUUCCAAAUUAACAUAUUGCAUAAUUAACUAUUUUUGGAUGUGAAGUUCUGGGAAGUUUUUUUGUUUUAUUAUUUUUUUUUUAAUUCUGUGAGUUGUGAGUUUUACACAUGAUGUGUAGCAUCAGGACAGAGCAGUUCUCCCAUCUAAAGAAGCCAGUCGUGACUUCUGGGAGAACAUGGCGGAUAGAUAGCAGCAGCUAAGGAGGCUCUCUGAGAUACCCCGCUUAGAGUCCAGGUAUGAUGCCGUGUGAGGAGUCCUAAGCAGGGAGAGAUGUACCCUGCCAACCCAGGAAUGAACUAAGCUAAGAGAAACCAACUGGAAACGCAUUCCCAGUGCUGUAACAGGAACAGAUAAGAUCUUAGCGUGAAAGUUGGAGCCUGUGCUGCUGGAAGCCUCGAUUUGAAUUUCUUGCUGCUGCUGCUGCUGCUGUGUCUAAAUCAGCACAGCAGGGAGAGAGAUGCACGAAAACUUUGAGAGUGGGAACCAGCAAAUGGAGUUGAGAACGGGACUGGCAGGGAGCCCUGCAUCGACCUGCGGUGAGUGCGCGGAACAGGGACCCUUCCAUAGAGUAGGAGGCUUCAGCAAAGGACAUAUUGGGACCAGGCAAACUUGCCGGAACAGGACGCUGCAAUGACUUUGGUCACAUAUUCCCUCCUCAAGUGGGAUUGGUGGGGAGUGCCUGGCCUGGGCGACGCCACUGACUAAGACCCAGUAAGCUAGCCCAAACCAGGUCCCAGCACCUGGAGGUGCACCCUAGCAGUGAAGCCUUUGGUAGGUUGACCUGCAGGGGCAGGCCCAGCAGAGGCUGCCCAGGUCUGUGUCUCCCUAGUACACUGCCGUGGGCGGGGACACCUAGCCGGCGCAAUUCAAACAAACUAUAACAGACAAAGAGAAAAAAUACUGGGCCUCCUAUACUCGCUUGUAUGGAAGGAACAAAAAGUAUGGGAAGAGGAAGCAACAAGAAAUCCUGAGAACACUGAUCCAGGAAAGGUGAAUGCCAAGGAGAAUGAGGAAAGAAAACAUGCUAUCAGACACGGCACCAAUAGAUGUAAAGCAAUAUCUCCAGAGCCUCAUAGACGAGUUCAAAAGUGAAGUACUUAACAAAAUAAAGCAAGAUAUAAGUAGAAUAGUUAGAAAAAUGCUAAGCACCGCCCAAGAAAAAACAGAUGGAAGAACAGAAAAAAAGGAGAGAAUUGUUUGAUGGAGAAAAUAGAGAAAACAUAGAAUAAGUGAAACAGAUUCAAAGAGAUUACCAGAAAACUAAAAACUAUCAAAAGCUGGCAUAACAGCUUGAAAGAAACUAAGGAUACAUUAUCUGAAUUGGAGGGCAGAUUUGUAAUGGAGCAUGAAAUAAAAAACUUCUUAAAAAUAACAAGAAAACAGCAAUUAUACAAAGGCUAGAAGAUAAGAGUUAUAAUUCUAUAACUUAAGAAUUAAGAACAUAAAAGAAGUUGUAGGGGCACAAACAAAUGGACUACAAAGCUAUUCACAGAAGUAAUCCAAGAGAAUUUCCCUAAUUUAGCAAAAGGUAAAUAUGCUCAGGUGUAUGAGGCAUAUGGGACCCCAGCCACCUACAACCCAAACAGAACUACACCCACACAUAUAAUAAUCAAAAUUCCAGAAAUCCAAUAUAAGAACAGAAUAUUAAAAGCCAUCAGAGACAAGAAACAGAUCACUUACAAGGGAACACCCAUCAGAAUUACAGCAGAUUUCUUGGCACAAACCAUCAAAUCACGAAGAGCAUGGGGGGAAAUAAUUCAAGCUUUGAAAGAUAAUAACCUCCAGCUAAGAUUGAUAUAUCCUGCACAACUGUCCCUAGAAAUCGAUGGAAAAACAAGGUGCUUCCAGGAUAAAGAGGAACUAGGGGAAUUUGCAACCACCAAUUCAAUUCUACAGAGAAUACUGCAGGAUAUUCUAAAAAAGGAAAAUACCAAGAUUCCAGAAAUAGUGGCAGAGAGGCCACAAUGAAUGGAGCACAAAGCGAAAUGAAGAGGACAAACUGACAACUAAUGACAGAAAAAGAGCUCAACAGAAAUGAGGCAGAGAAGAUCGGAUGGUCGGAACAGCUAUUUUGGUGAAAACAAGACAUCAUAAUAGCUAGUGCUGAUUUAGUAUCAUCUUGUUUUGAAGUCCCAUCAAGCUUUUAUUCUUCUGUCUCCAUCAGUCUUAACAGGUUGUAUCUUAUUGGAUUUUAUUAUAUGUGAUAAUAUAAGCAAAAACUUUUAUAGAUAAGGAGAUUAUACAAAAACCAUUGUUCAUUUUCUGUUAGUUGGUUCUAAAUACCCUAUAAUACUGUCAUUCUCUUGAAUGGUUUUACAUUGCCUUGAUAUGUUUGGUGCUACAGUAUACAAAGGUAUACUCAAAGAUUUCAAGGAAAGAGACACUAUGGUAACUACUUUUAUGUCAGGAUAUCUUGUGGUGAAACACUAUUUUGCUUAAAUGAUUAUGCUUUGACCUGUGCUAUUUUGUUGUUAUGCCCUCUUAUCUCAAUCUCCUUUUUUAAUUAUUUACUUUUUUAUUUUUAUCUUUUUAAUUAAGGGAAAAAUAAAAAAUAGCAGGAUACAUUAUAGUAACCCACUUUGAUUUCCUAUUAACUUGAUUUGAAACCCUGUAUUGCUCUCACCAUCUUGUUUUGACUGAUUUUCCCCUAUUCUGCCUUGCUCAAUAGUACCAAGUUCGAAAGCGUAGGCAACAACUGUGAAGACAGUAAGAUUCAUUAUGAUGCCCAUUCUGGUUGACUAUUAUCUUCUUUUAAAGAAGUGUAGUGUCUUCAAUGUAUUGGUUUUAUUCUUUACUGUUUUGUUCAAUUUUAUUAUAACUGAUGAUAUAGGCAAUUCUUUUAAGAUAGCAAGAGGCGGGGGCUGGGGAUUUAGCUCAGUGGCAUAAGUGCUUGCCUUGCAAGCAGGCAGUCGUGAGUUCGAUCCCUGGGACUGAUAAAAACAAAAAGAAAAAAUAAAAAAAAGAUAGCAAGAGGCAGUAUGGUAACCAUUGUUGAUCACCUGGUAUUUUGUUUUUACAUUAUCUAUUAUGUCCAUCCUUUUGAUUUGACUGACUCUGUUUUGUUAUGUCACUCUCUUCAAAAAAAAAAUUUGUUUUACUCUCGUCAAAAAAAAUAAUAAGAACUGUGGGAGUAAUAAAACCCAAAAUGUGUAAUUGUCAUUGUACAAAAGAGGAAAAGAAAGUGCUCUAAAGGACAUAACUGUAUAUAUAUUUAAGUGUAUAAGAUAGAUAACCAUAUUUACUGAGUUUUGUUGGAUCAUUGAACAAAACUGUUUGAAGUCUCACUGUUUGAAAGUCCACUUUAUAUGCUUUAAUUUUGUAACUUGAACAACUAUUUCUAAGAUAACAAUAUAUAAUCUGUUAACUAGUGAUUCCCUACUGUUUAUUCUUUCUGAAAUUCUGUAUAACUUGUACCCUUUUUCUGUUUUUUUUUUUUUUUUCUCUUUUUCUCCUUAAAUGAAAUUAAAAAAAAAAAAAAAGAAGCCAGUCGUGCUUCUCCACUCCUCGGGCAGAUAAACCCUUAUUGAUUCCAUAUCCCUAUAGCUUUUCUAGAAUGUUUCAUAGAGUCCUUAGGAAGUAACCUGAAGAUUGUCUUCUUUCACUCAGCAUACUGCCUUUGAGAUUCAUCUGUGUUGUAUUUGUGGUGUUUUGUAUGAAUAUACUGCAGAUUUUUUUUUUUUUUUUUUUUUACUAUUUACUCAUUGGAUGGUUUCCAGUUUGGGGUAACUAUGAAUAAGCCUAUAAAUAAAUAUAGCUUGUGAACAUAA